UACACGCCGAUGAAGCGUCAACUCUACCGGAAAUACCAAAGAAGAAGAGGGUGAAGUAAGAUGGCGGAGAAUAACAGCACGGACCAUACUGGGGAUACCAACGUAGAUAAAAAUGUUUCUCCCGGAGCAUCAAUGAUGGUGGUCACCGUCAAAACCCCGAAUGGGAAAGAGGAAAUUACGAUUUCGGAGGAUUCUUCUGUCGCCCAGUUUAAACAGGAGGUAUCCAGAAAGUUUGAGGCCCAGCAGGACCAGCUGGUGUUGAUAUUUGCUGGAAAGAUUCUGAAGGAUGGCGAUACUUUAAACCAGCAUGGUAUCAAAGACGGGUUGACUGUUCAUCUUGUUAUCAAGACAAAAUCAACAGGUGGCAGCAGAUCUCAGACAAGUGCCAGUUCUGCAACUCCUCAAAAUAACAGUGGCAGCACCAACACCUCUGUACCAGACAGAACAGGAGGUGGCACAAGCCAGACACCAACACAACCUGCUAAUGCGAUAAGUGGCCUUGGUGACCUGUCCGGCUUGUUAGGUCUGGGCGCCCGUUCAUCCAACUUCAUGGAGAUGCAGCAACAGGUGCAGAGUCAGCUGAUGUCCAACCCACAGAUGAUGUCGCAGAUCAUGGGGAACCCGCUGGUCCAGAACAUGAUGUCCAACCCAGACUUGAUGAGACAGAUGUUCGCAGGCAAUCCUCAGAUGCAGCAGCUCAUGGAACAGAAUCCGGACGUCUCCCGCAUGUUCAACAACCCUGAGCUUAUGAGACAGAUGCAGAGUCCCGAAACACUCUCAAUGCUGACCAACCCCAGAGCCAUGCAGGCCCUCAUACAGAUCCAACAGGGCCUGCAGACCUUACAGACAGAAGUCCCGGGAUUCAUGUCCAGAUUGCCUCCCGGAGGUCUUGCAGUUCCUCCAACCACAGGAGGCAACAUCCCUCCAGAGAACCCUCACCCUCCUGCCAUGGCAUCAGGAUCCAGUCUCUUCUCAGCCACCAGUCCUGCUCAGCAACAGCUCAUGCAGCAGAUGUUACAGAUGUUUGGAGGCGGAGGGCCAUCAACCCCGGAGGUUCGCUUCCAGCAGCAGCUCGACCAGCUCAACGCCAUGGGCUUUAUCAACCGCGAAGCCAACCUCCAGGCACUCAUUGCUACAGGAGGGGAUGUCAAUGCUGCCAUUGAGAGACUGCUGGCCUAACUCACUGAAUUCAUUCUGGGGUUGAGGGUGGAAGACUAAUAUCUUUGGGGACUUGCGUUGGAAAUUGGAAAAUUAAUAAGUGAACACAGUCCUCCAUCAUAUACAAGUCUGACCUGACCCCCAGUUAGACGCAGUGGUGUUCCAGUCACUUGUUAUCUCUUCAGCUGGUCUGUAAAUCAUAGGAAGGAUGAACAGGGAACUGGGGAAUCAUAGUGGGAGAGGUUGAGGAGGGAUGUUGCCAGUUUCUAACAGACUUGGUCUUGUGGUACAUGCUGUGGCAGUACUGCUGCUAUGAAAUGACACCACCACUAGCACUGCCUCGCCCACUGAGUUACUCCUGCCAGUGCAGCCGGAGAUGAUUUCUGAUUCAGUGCUCAUUCACUGGAUGUCUAAAUGAGGUUACCAAUGAAUUAAUUUGUAAUACUGUAGUUACUUAUUUUUACAUUAUUUAAUUUUAACAGAUUGUAUUUAGGAGUUUAGAUGAAGAGUUCUGGAUCAUGGUGGUGUUGUAAUAGGUUGGAUCUGUGCUCUCUGUCUGGAGAACCAGCUUUUCUUGUCUUUUUUUUCAUCCACUUUCCUGGUUGACUUGUAUUUAUUUAAGUUAUCCCUUCACUUAAGUUUUCCCUAAGUUAACCCUGACAGGUUCUUGAUGCUUUGUUUUUCCCCCUAAAACUGAACUGAAUCUUGUGUGUAUAGUUGGCACUGCUGCCUAAAUGUUUUCGGAGGAGUAGAAAGUGAAAGUUUUCAUGUUGUAGGACCAAGGCAAUACUGUGUGCGGAUGGGGGUUGGACAAUGUGACAUUAUAUACAGUGAGGGGCUAGAGGCUUUUCAACUGGUAGAGAUUGUUCUAUGUUGAGGUAGAUAUCCCUUUAAUUUCUCUCAUUGUGUUGCCAAAGUGUAAUACAGGAUUUUCCUCAAGUAUAUUUGUCAGGUUUUUCAUUUGCAGAAUUAGCCAAAACUGUAAUUUCCAUCUGAUUGUUUUAAUCUAUAAAUUGUUCUGCAGUUACAGUCCCAGAAUCGUAAUAUCACCCUAAAUAUUACAUUAACUUGACAGGUUUAUCGACAUUAGCCACCCCUAGUGUAGAUAUUCAUUGGAAUUAACUUUCUUAGCAAAUGGCUUUGGUUCGGGGUGAUUCCUGAAAAAUAACAGUGUAAAAGUAAUAAACUUGGACUUGAAUUUUUUGUUCUGAACUAUAAAAUAAACUAUAAAAUGGCCUCAUGUGUCAGUUCUCUGGUGAUACUAUAAUAAGUGUGGUUAUGGAUUACUAAAUGGAAAUUGAGAAAGCCAAUCACAGAUGUAUCAAAUCCUUUCACAAUAACACAUGUGAAUUUCCAUAGAAGAAAUAUAGUGCCUAAAUGUAAUGAUGAGUUCUGCAAUAAAUUGAAAUUUAACCAUGAAA